GAAGUUGUGUCUGCGCGCGCGCUCAUCAGGAACUGAAUGUAUAUUUGUGUUGCAGUCGCAAUUUUCUGAACAAAUCUCGUCCAUAUUAAGUAUAUGUUGGCAUUUUAAUAAACGCACAUUAAUCUGAUCAUGGGCGGGUACGGGGUGAUGGCGGAUGACGAGUCUCUGGAUUAUUCCGUGCACGAAGCCUGGAACGAGGCCACUAAUGUUUACCUGCUGGUCAUUCUGGUCAGUUUCGCCUUGCUGAUGUACGCCAGAAAAAAUAAGAGGAAGAUCAUGCGCAUCUUCUCUCUCCCUCCAUCAGUCGACAGAUCCUCCGAGCCCAGCUUUUACGACAGUCUGCAGAAGGUCCGGCUCAGACAACAGCUGGAGAUGUAUUCACUGGCUCGUAAGUGUGAUCAGCAGCAGCAGUCGGAUAGUGUGCAGCUGUCGAUGGAGUGAUGUCACCAGAGGGGGCGCUCUUCACGCACUAAUGCUGCAGAUGGGAGGAAAGGCGCUACAGGCCAAAUCUGAUUUACCAGCAGCUCACAGAGAAGAGAAUUACUGUACUGGGGACAGUUUGCUAGAUCUUAUUUUUAUUUGAAGAGUCUUUCGUUUUACUCUCAUCACUCUCAAACAUUCAGAAGAGAGUAUUUUUUUUAGAACGGGUGAUAUGAUUUUCCUUGAAGGACAUGGGCGGACUUUUCAUAUAUUUGACAAACACAUUACUUGUACACAUCAUCUGUGUUGAUCUGCAUCCAAAAAUCUUACCUCUCUCCUCAAAAACGUUGUAACAAAAUGCUACUUAAGGUUUUCAAAGGAAAGAUACUGUACACUGAUUAUGUUGUGCUUGUUCUUCAAUGUCUUAUAUUGCCCUCUAGUGCUAGAUUACAUGCAUGUCAGUCAUUUUAGGCUGACCUGCAGACUGUAAAAUAUAAAUCUGCUUAAAAUAAAGAUUUUAACGUUAAAA